AGGUUCGCCUCGGUACGAGGACCUGAAGUACUGGCAGAGCGUGACUGAAUGUUACAACUUUGGAGGUACACACAACGCCAUUCCAUGAUCUAUCACCUUUCGUAAAAGAAUCCCUUUUGUAAGUAGAAAAAUAUUUUUAAUUCGAUCCAUCGACUCAAGAUUUUUGAAAGCGGAGGAAAAUGCCUGUAGCUACUCUACUGCCUUUUACAGCAACUCCGAAUAGGAAGUCAGGCAGUCCGACCUCUUUCAGACUGACUGAGAAAUUUAUUUUGCUAUUAGUGUUUAGUGCUUUUAUUACACUGUGCUUCGGAGCAAUCUUUUUCUUGCCAGAUUCAUCAAAACUGCUUAGUGGAGUUUUCUUCCGCUCGUCUUUGGAAACCGACACUCGAACAGGUACGGACAGUGAUUCCAUCUUUGGAACGGGAAAGGAUGAAAAAAUAUUAGCCAAGAUUAGAAAAGACCACGAAAACGCAUUAAUUGAAGCUAAAGACACCCUUCAGAAGCGCCCUGAUGAAAUUAAGCAAGAUAUUAAAAGCGAAAAAGAGAAGGUUGUCAAUGAGGGUCUGGGCAAAGGUGGACAAAGUGACAAGUUACCAGUAAUUGAGUAUGUGCGGCCACCUGGAGCAACGGGGCACGAGCCAUCAGACCCGGAAACCAAAGAAAGGAGAGCCAAGAUUAAAGAGAUGAUGCAGUUUGCUUGGGACAACUACAAGCGCUUUGCCUGGGGAUCUAACGAGCUGAGACCUGUCUCUAAGCAAGGCCACUCCAGUAAUCUGUUUGGCAACCUGAAGGGAGCUACGAUCAUAGAUGCCCUGGACACUCUCUACAUUAUGGAGAUGUAUGAGGAGUUUGAUGAGGCCACGCACUGGGUGGAGAAGAACCUGGACUUCAACAUGAAUGCUGAGAUUUCGGUCUUUGAAGUGAACAUACGCUUCGUCGGAGGCUUGCUGUCUGCGUAUUAUCUCUCAGGCAAAGAGGUGUUUAGGAGGAAAGCGGUGGAGCUGGGGGAGAAACUGCUUCCUGCAUUCAACACCCCCACAGGCAUACCCUGGGCUCUGCUCAACUUAAAGAGUGGUAUCGGUAGAAACUGGCCAUGGGCGUCUGGUGGGAGCAGUAUCCUGGCUGAGUAUGGCACUCUGCAUUUGGAGUUCAUGCACCUGACUAAGCUCUCUGGAAACCCGCUUUUCGCUGAGAAGGUCAUGAACAUUAGAAAAGUUCUGAAUCGUCUUGAAAAGCCACAGGGACUGUACCCCAAUUACCUGAAUCCCAACAGUGGACAGUGGGGCCAACAUCAUGUGUCUGUGGGUGGUUUGGGGGACAGUUUCUAUGAGUACCUCCUCAAAGCUUGGAUCAUGUCAGACAAAACAGAUGAAGAGGGCAGGAGACUUUACUACGACGCCCUACAGGCCAUUGAGAAGAGCUUGAUCCGUAAGUCUAGUGGGGGGCUGACCUACAUCGCUGAGUGGAAGGGGGGGCUUCUGGAGCAUAAGAUGGGUCACCUGACCUGUUUUGCUGGGGGCAUGAUCGCUCUUGGCGCAGAUGGGGCGCCCAACGACAUGACUGGGCAUCAGAUGGAGCUGGCAGCUGAGAUCACCCGCACGUGUCAUGAAUCUUACGCCCGCACAAAUCUGAAACUGGGUCCUGAGGCUUUCCGGUUUGAUGGUGGUGUGGAAGCCAUCGCUACACGUCAGAAUGAGAAGUAUUUCAUCCUUCGUCCAGAGGUGAUUGAGACGUAUAUGUACAUGUGGAGGUUCACUCACGACCCCAAAUACAGAGAGUGGGGCUGGGAGGCCGUGCAGGCUCUGGAGAAGUACUGCCGAGUGGAUGGAGGAUACAGUGGAGUUAGAGAUGUCUACGCCAACAACCCCAGCCAUGAUGAUGUCCAACAGAGUUUCUACCUGGCAGAGACUCUCAAGUAUUUGUACCUGCUCUUCUCAGAUGACGACCACCUGCCGUUUGACCACUGGGUGUUUAACACUGAAGCUCACCCCCUGCCUGUCAUCAGGAAGGACUCCACCAGCAGAGACAAACAGCUAAAGUAGACACCCCAACCCCCCCACCCCCGCCCUCCAUGAAAACCCAAGCCCUAAAGCUCUGUGAGCAAGGUGUGGACUUCUGCUCCUUCUGUGAGUCCUGCGCCUCCUCCACGUCUCAAACCACGUGAAGUUACAGUCAGCCGAUGUGGGCCAUCUCUCAAACCCUCCCCACACGCUACCCUGUAACCCCUGACCCCAGCGUGUCCUCUCCACCCCGUCCAUCAGUCUGCAUGCUGCCCUGUUACCUGUCUGAGCCGUUUUCUGGACCUCACUAAGACUUCUGAGGCCUCAGUCUACUCUCCUCUGUGAGGAGACACAGUUUUAUCCUCUCCCUCUCACAGAAGUUUCUCUCCCCCCACCCACACGCAUACACCCGCACACCCACACACACACACGCACAAACUUAGUCAGAACAAAAGUGAAAAAGCCAUAGAGAACUCAGCAGCUUAAUUAGUUUGGGUCUUUUUUCCCUGUCCGUUUGCAUUAUGCCAGUGCAUAAAUUAAUGAAGUACUUAGCGUUUGAUUAAUGUGUUUUUGUUUUAAGUUCCAUGUUGUUUAGGUGAUAGUUGUUUUGUUUUGUGGUGAAAGUUUUGCUUCAUUCCAUGACUUGGGGUAAUGGGGUCCAUUAAACUAGUGCCUUUGAAUGCUGUCUUACCGGGCUUUCCACAUCCAGACCUGCUUUUGUCAACCAAUCACAACCAUACGCCUGUCUGCCAGGAGAAAAUCAACCAAUCACAACCACACACCUGUCUGCCAGGAAUAAAUCAACCAGUCACAACCACACACCUGUCUGCCAGGAGAAAAUCAACCAGUCACAACCACACACCUGUCUGCCAGGAGAAAAUCAACCAGUCACAACCACACACUCGUCUGCCAGGAGAAAAUCAACCAAUCACAACCAACAAAUCACAACCACACACCUGUCUGCCAGGAGAAAAUCAAUGUGUGAUUACAAUAUGAAAACAAGCAAGAGCUCUGGAACUGGGAAAUGAUAUUUAAAUUUUAAAGUUAUUUUCAGUUGUGAAUUUAUAUCACAGAAAGUUCUAUGAGUGGGUGAAGGAGCUUUCUCACUGAGAUGUAUGAUAAGUUAGUUUAUUUAUUUCGUGUGACAUAGGAACUAUUUCCUUUUUUGCAGUGCUAGCUUUUGACCAUAGGUGGCACUGUGAGGAACUUGCUAUUUCUGUUUUCCAAACUGAAAGGAGACAUGGGCUAUGUCAGACAAAAGUAUUGUUUGUAGGAAUGUACCACCAAAUGUGAAAUGAAGGGUGGGGGGGGGGUUUGCCUUUUAUUGUGUUUUAAAUAGUUUUGUUUCUUUCUCUGAGAAAGCACAAAUGCUGAGACAAUGUUGGAACUCUCCUGAGGAAACGAGGUUAGGCUGGGAGAAAAAGAAAGCACAAGGCAUAGAUUCUCUCCUGCCAUGAAAAAAUGAAAGGAAGACACAGCAUUCCAGAGAGAAAACACUGUGUGAAAUACUCACAUCUCUACUCAUGUUAACACACAUACUGGACUCCGGAGUGUUAGGGCAGGGACAGCUGUAAAACAUAGAAGGCAGGACUGGGAAGCAUUGUUAUAGAGAGAACAGAAAUUAGACAGCAGACUGCACACUGUACAUGCAUAUAGGGAAACAGAGACAGAAAUUAGACAGCACACUGAACAUUCAUAUAGGGAAACAGAGACAGUUCACUCACUGGCCAGCAUUAGAGGACCAUGCUCCAUUUGUGAAGUAUAGAGGCAACCAUGCAUUGACUGAGACUCUCUGGUCUCUCUAAAUGGUCUAAGUCCACCUACCUCCACCUGUCCUUCCUAUACCUGCAUUUCUCUCUACAGCCUCUGACCUCUGACUGGCACAACCUGUCAGCCACAUCACCCAAUGAAAGCGCUGAAAUUUAGUCACAUGACCAAAGGGAAACCUUGUUUUAGGACAAGUUCACUGUUUCUACACUGUUUCUCUCCUUUUUCAUAUCUGAGUAGUGCCAGCCUAGACUGUUUCCCGUGUUUUCCUUCAGUAUUUGUGUUCGGACAGUAAUAUUGAUGUAUUAUAAUGAGAUUUUAAGUCUCCUGUUUGAUGAAGCACAACUUCUUAGAUAAACUAAAAUAGUCAGCAACACCUUCAGCCAUUAAUACACCUUCGCUUCCAGUGGAUAGUAUUUCAUGUUUUGAAUUAAUUUACUGUUGGCUACAUUUUUCUGGCACAAAUGUGAAGAAACAACAUAAAUUCUAAAAAUCUUGAAACACCUUUAAGACCAGUGUAGUGCAAAUGUGAAUCUAGUGAAGUCCUUAUUCACCAUGAAGCAUUUUACAUGAAAGAACUCGCGUACAUCAGCAGCAGUGCUGGUGAUGUCUGAACUCUUACGUAAUGUGUUUACUGUGAGGUAGCAGGAGCUUUCUAGAGCAACUGUAAUUCACCUAGAACAUCUUGCCGACACUAGCAGCCCAUUGGCUGAAGGGAAGAACCAUAAUUGUACACUGUGAUACACUGUAGAUCGGACAUUGUAUCAAACUGUACUCUGACCAUAGGAAGAAUGUUUAGUGCUGCUGUCUUUGGCUGGUGUCUCAUCCUGUCUCAUUGGCAGAGCUGAGUGCUGGAACUGGAGAUUGGCUUUUGGUGAUAAUGAGUUUACUGUAUAAACCUGUUUGUCUGAAGCAAAGAAAUAUGAUGUCACCAGUAUAGGCCCCUCCCUCUUUUCCCUACUCAGAGUCCAUGCCCCACCCUCUUUGACCUAUUUGUUUUGUGAGGGUCUGGAUACACCAUCAGCAGAGGGGUGCAUUUAUGCUCUAAAAUGACGUUUCCUCAAAAAAAAAAAAAUUAAUAUCAUAAUAUUAAAAUGGCCAGAAAGUUAUUUUGUCCCUUGUAUGUUAAUUGGUUGUGAAGAGGAUGGAACCUGCACUGUGGACACUGACAUUUCCUAGCAUCUUGUGUGAGUAUGCAGAUUAGAAGCUGUGCAGUACACGUCUGAAAUGAGAUUUUGAGUUAAAUAUUGUGUUAAUGUUCUUGCCUUUUUAUUUGUCAAUCAGCUGUUUGUUUUUCUUUGUAAAGUAACCUCAGAAAUGUACCUGUACAAUAUUCCAUUGCACAUAUUUUUGUUCAUAUGCAAUUAAUUUUGUGGGAAAUUUUGUUUUUCUUGUCAUUAAAAUGUAAAUAUAACAUUCUGGCAAAAAAAAGAGCUUCUGUACAUUUCUAUAAAUCAUAAGAAUCUUCUGGAAUAAAUUAUAUUAAGGAGCAGCAGAAAUUUUGAUAAUCUAUAUUUGUAACACUGCU